CCCCCUGAAACAGUGAGAAGUUUUGGGGCAUUGAGUUUCUUCAGCUUGAGAACACAGAAACCCAGGCUUCAAGUAAAGAUGGAGUAGAGUGUAGGUUGCAUAAUGAGGUUCAGUACUCACCAAUGAUUGAACUCCCCUGAGCUUAAUCUGUGUAUGUGUGGAAGAUGAAGCCCAUGAACAAUAACAACUGGUUGGGUUUCUCUCUCUCCCCUCAGCUCGGAAUGGAAGUUGCAUCAGAUCCCCUUAAGCAUGCAAAUCCUCAAACUGCACAUCAGUCUUCCCCUGCUUCUGCUUCCACUUUUGUUCCCAGCAACUUCCUUCUAUCCUAUCCACAUUUUAGCAGCCCUGGCAUUUGCUAUGGAGCUGAUGCGGAGAAUGUUGGGUUUUACUCUCAGCUCUCAUCAGUCAUGCCGGUUAAGUCUGAUGGCUCUCUCUGUAUUAUGGAAGCCUUCAGCAGAUCACAAGAAGGAAUGGUGCCAUCUCCUUCCCCAAAACUGGAAGACUUCUUGGGCUGUGGUCCAAACAUGGGGACCCAUCAGUAUAGCAACAGUGACAGGGGAGCAAUGGCUCUAAGCUUGGACAGUAUGUAUUAUGGACAAAACAUAGAGCAGGAGAGCAAUGAAAACCAUUCUCUUGAGCUCUUUCAACAACCUUUUAGACAACAGAACUACUUCCAGCCAUUGCACGAGAUGUAUCAGGAGUCAUUAGUUGGGGACCAAAUCCCUGAUUGUAGAUUUCAAAGCAACGAAAGAGUAGGUGAUGCAAGAGAGAUGGGUUUUGGCUCUCUUGGAUUACUGAGGCAUGGCGAUCUCAAGCCCUUGAGCUUGUCCAUGAGCCCUGGAUCUCAGUCUAGCUGCGUAACUGCUCCGCAGCAGCAGAUCGCUUCUGCUCCAGAAAAUGAGCAUUUUUCUUUGGAGCAUUCGAAGAAGAGAGUUAGUGAAAAAGGAGCUGAGAAGCAGCCAGUUCACAGGAAGUCCAUUGAUACAUUUGGCCAGAGAACUUCGCAAUACAGAGGAGUAACAAGGCAUAGAUGGACAGGUAGAUAUGAAGCACAUCUAUGGGAUAACAGCUGCAAGAAAGAAGGGCAAACAAGGAAGGGAAGGCAAGUUUAUUUGGGGGGCUAUGAUAUGGAAGAGAAAGCUGCAAGAGCCUAUGACUUGGCUGCAUUGAAGUACUGGGGACCUGCCACCCACAUCAACUUCCCUCUGGAGGAUUACCAGGAGGAGCUUCUACAAAUGAAGAACAUGAGCAGGCAGGAAUAUGUUGCUCACUUAAGGAGGAAAAGUAGUGGAUUUUCUAGAGGAGCUUCUAUAUAUCGAGGAGUCACUAGGCAUCACCAACAUGGAAGAUGGCAGGCUCGCAUAGGAAGAGUCUCAGGAAACAAAGAUCUUUAUCUUGGAACCUUUGGCACACAAGAAGAAGCAGCUGAAGCUUAUGACAUUGCUGCAAUAAAAUUUCGUGGCACAAAUGCCGUCACUAACUUCAUUAUGUCAAGAUAUGAUGUUGAAAAGAUUAUGGCGAGUAGCACCCUACUGUCUGGCGAACUUGCUCGAAGAAAUGGAGGUGUUGAAAUUUUCGACAACGUAGCGUUGACAGGACAUGGCACCAGAGAACUCGACUCAACCGAAGACAAUGUGAAUGCGUCGGACUGGAGAAUGACGCUCUACCAAUCUCCACCGCCGGCUCCGGCGAACUUGGAACCGCUCGACCACCAAUCUAUAUCAGCUAAUGGAAAUCAUCAAAACAGCUCAUUUUUGGCAAAUUUUAAUGGUUUUCUUGGGAUGGAAAGUUGGGCAUCAAACCAGCUUAGUAGUUCAGUAGCUUUGGCUCAAACACCGGUUUAUGCUGCAUGGAAUGAUGGCUGAAUCUUAAUUUCUUAUGUUGAGAGCAUGCGAUGAGUGAAGGUGGAGGUGAAAAAGAGAAGUUUUGGGGUGGGGGGAUAGGUUUGUGUAUUGUGGGGAAAAAGAUGGGAGGAAUCAGGCCUCUUCUGCUUUUUUCCAGUGGUUUCAAAUUUUGGUAGUUCUGCUUUUGAGCCAUGUGGGGAAAUGAUGUUACAGAGUGGGGGCCUCUUAAGAGGGGGGAUAUAUUUAGCUCUCUGUUUUUUUUUUUUUCUUUGUUUGUUGUAAUUUCUUGGCCAGUUUUCUUCGUUAAU